AUGUCGGAGCUCGGCCUGCCCGCCAUUGCAACAUACGCCCCGGACGAGUCUGCCGUGCUCGCCGACCUCGCGCUCGCCGACCCCGCCAGCCCUGCCACCGCCCCGCUGGACAGCGAUCUUCGGGACAGCGCGGAGCGGGCGCUCGAGGAAGGGGACAUUCCAGCGCUGCUCAAACUGCUCGAAGAGGCGGGCAUCACGGGAGCGGCGUUGGGCGGCGUGCUAAUCCUCGCGCUUCAGCACAGCAGUCUUCCCGCCGUCAGCGCCCUGCUCGAGAGGGGCGCCAAUCCCGAAGCCCUCCACGACGAGGACACGCCCCUGCACAGUGCUGCCGGCCUGCUCGGCGUCCAGCCUCAGUUCGCUCUCGAGGCGCUGAGGCAGAUGCUGCUGACGGAUACCAAGCGGGCGGGGCUGGACCAGGUACGCGACGGUGAAGGGCGUACCGUCCUCGCCACCGCCCUCGGUGCUGCCAGGCUGGGGCAGGCAGACGAGGCGGCACGGCAGGCGUUUGCCGACGCAUUGGACGCCGCUCUCGAGCUGCUGCUCGACCGAGGGUCGUCCCUCGCAGCGGCCGACGACAGAGGUGACAACGCCGGCGACACGCCCCUGCACAUCGCCUCGGAGUGGGCGAGCGCGCCGAUCCUCCGGCGGGCCCUCGCGCACCCAACGGCAGCGCGGGCGAUGGCAGCAGCCGAUGGCAGCGGUGGGAGGCCGCUGGACCGGGCGCUGGCUGCCGGGCGAUCCGAGAAUAGCACCCUGCUUCUUGCAACUCUCAAGGCACAGCGUGGCGGCGAGGCGCUCCUCCCCGCUCUCGCUACACACGCGCUCGGCCGUAUGGCCGUCGCGUCGGGAUCGCACUCGCAGCGCCACGCAGCGUCGGCCGACUACGGCGCGUGCGUGCGGAUGCUUCUCGCGGCGCGGGCGGACCUCGAGCGUAAGGGGGCGCACAGGCGGGCACCACUCGGCGCGGCGGCAGCCAGCGGCGCGCCCGCUGCAUUGCUCUCCGCCUUGCUCCGCGCCGGCGCGCGGCGAGACGCGGUGGACAAGGACGGCCGCUGUGCGCUGAUGCUCGCGGCGGCGUACGGCCACUCGUCAUCGUCUCCGGCGACAGCGCGGCUGAUGGCGCAUGAUGCUGCUGGCGCGACAGCACUGAUGCUUGCGGCCGCACGGCCUUGUGCGGCAUGUGUCUCCGCUCUCCUCGAGGCGGGCGCUGCUGUGGCCGCUUGCGACGAGGACGGACGCUGCGCGCUGCUGUACGCCCUGCUGCCGGGGGCACCGCCCGUGCCCGCUGUUGCGGGCAAGCACCAUCGCCGGCCAUCUCGCGCCGCACGGCGGCCGGAGGCCCUCUCGACGAACAGGGCGGCGCUGGAGGCGACGGAGGAGCGGGCAACGGAACCCCCCGUCGCUAGCAGUGCUGAGAACCCCACCGCCGAGCCGGCCUCCACCUAUGCCGUGGGCAGCGGCGAGGUGGGGCCGCCGCUCACAAAGGCGCCCACCGGUCUAUCCUCGGCGGCGUUCCUCGCCCUCGCGUGCGACGUGGACGGGCGGUGCGGGCUGGAGGUGGCGUCGGGCAUCGCGGCGGCGGCUGCCGGCGAUGCCAAGGCGUACGAGGAAAUUGAGAGGAGCUUCGCUGCAAUCGGCGGUGUGGUCCGGCUGGGCAGCUUGGCACUCUCAGCCGCGUGCGCAAGAGACGACGCCCCCGCCGCGACGCACCUCCUCGCCGCCGGUGCCACUGCCUCGGGCGGAGGCGAUGUGGCUCUGCCUGCGUCACUCGUCUCACGUGCCAAUGCCGCACGGGUCCCGCUUGGCGCGCCGCUCGCCGCUGCCGCGCUCGCGGGGUCGCUGCAGCUCGUCGAGCUGCUACUUUCCAAGGGGGCUCCAGCGGGACCGUCCACGAGCUCCCGCGGGAAAGGCAGCGGAGCGUCGCCUUCUGAGGAAAUCCCUCUGGCUCCACUCAGCGCAGCGGCCGCGGCGGGUUCGGUCACGUGCGCACGCGGCGCCGCGCCGAUCCAUUGGGCCGCAGACUCUGGCGACGCCGAGACGAUCAACGCGCUGCUCUCGGCCGGCGCCGACCCUGAGAUGCGGGACGGCGCGGGCCGCUCCGCGCUCCGCCGUGCCGCCAUCGCCGGCCAGGCCGGGGCACUGCCGAUGCUUCUGCCGGCGACGCGGGCGGCGCUCGAUGCGGAGCUGGACGGCGCGCUCGCCGACGGGGAUCUAGGCGCGGCGGCGCUGCUUGCCGACGUUUCGGGCACGCCGUCGCUGCUGUGGCGGGUCAUCGACCAGCAAGGCGUCGACUCCGAGCUCCUCACCGCUCUGAUUGCCGCGACGCCCCGCGCCGCCGUCAAGCGACACGCCGUGCACCAGUCGGACGCGCGCCGCACGGUGAUGCACGAGGCCGUCGACUCCGGAUCGCACGCCACGGCAUGCGCAUUGUGUGCCGCACUGCCCGAGGAGCUGCUGCUGCAAAAGAGCGGCGACGACCUGACGCCGAUCGGGCUGGCGAUCGCCACGAAGGGAGACCGGGCGAUCGCCAACAGGGCGGAGCUGCUCGCCGAGGCGCUUGAGCGAGCCACCAUCGCCCGGCUGGGCUUGGUUCUCGAGCUGCUGCACUCGGCCGACCCCAAGGCGGACGAGCGCGCCGCAGAGACGGCCGAGGCGGCGCGCACGCUCGCCGCCGUGUGCGUUGAGCGGUGGGGCGGGUCGCGCCGCUCUUGCGUGUUGGCGGCGGCGGCGCAAGGGGCGCCCCUGCCCUCCGCCCGGGAGAUCCUCACGGCGAUGCGGUGCAAGAUGGAGGGCGGAACGUGA